GUCAACCUCGCUUGGAAAAUUCAUAAAGCAAGAUGGCAGAGGUCGAACGAUCGUGGACAGACCAGCAAUUGCAAAGCGAUGAAGUCUCUAAGAAAGAUAUCAUCAAGUUUUUGCAUGAAUACGCUUCGUUUGAGUUUCUCAAAGAACACAAGCUGAAUGGGAAAUUGAACAAUAUUGCAAAGACCAGCAAAAAGGAUCAUCUCAUUGAAAGUUAUAAACAACUUUUUGAAACAAAGUCAUUCCGCAAGGAAACUGAUGCCAGUUUGGAAGACCAGUUAAAAGAGGCAGCUGAGAAAACGGCGGCCAUGCAUGUCAGUGAAAAGAAGAAGGAGAGAAAGCGUUCAGAAUCAAAGGAUUCAAAGAAAGAGGAGCCAAAAUUCACCAAGAAAAUCUUGAAGCAUGGUGACAAAACUUCAUUUCCCUCGAAAGGUGACAGAGUGUCCUGUUUCUACACAGGCAAACUGGAAAAUGGUGUGGUGUUUGACAGCAACAUCUCUGGAGCAGCAGGAGCUAAGAAGAAGAGCCAGGGAGAGGGGAAGGCAUUUAUUUUCCAAGUGGGGAAGGGACUUGUGAUUCGAGGGUGGGAUGAAGGUCUCAUGACAAUGUCCAAAGGUGAAAAGGCAGAACUGACCAUUGAGCCAGAGUGGGGAUAUGGAAAGAAAGGAAACAUUGACGCCAAUAUUCCGCCUCAGUCAAAACUCAUCUUUGAAGUGGAGCUUGUUGAUAUCAUAUGAUAUCAAACCUGGGCUGGAAUAGGAAGAGAAAGAACCGAGUCAAGACAACUUUGGGCAUAUUAAGAUGACAUGUAAUCUAGCCGGUAGCGGCACAGGCUUUUUGUCCCGUCAAGUUUUAGAUGUGUUUUGUCAGCUCUUGUUGAAGCUUCAUAGAGAGACUUCAGAGAAAUUGUAGAGGGACAGUAAUCAGAGUGAUGCAAGAGGACCUUUUGACACCCCACAACCCCCCCCUUCUUUAAAGUCCAAUCUAGAAAGAAGUCUGAUGCAAAUUAGAGAAGCAUGUAAGAGCAAAAGUUAGAGAUUGAGACUGAAUAUUUCCACUGAAUGAAAUGAAUUCAAUUUUUAAUUCACUACAUUAAAUAUCAUUACACAGAGACAAGAAAGAAAACUUAUUACCACUUUUGUUAGUGAGGAACUAUGAUUUUGGGUGACCUGUGCUCAUUCAUGCCAGUUCACAGGAAUUCUGGUCAUCUAGUACUCAACAUUAUUUGUCAUCUUACAUAAGUCAAUCAAGACAAUAAACUUUGCAUAAUCAUUUUUAUUCCUUAUAA